AAAAAAAUUAACGAAAAAUAUAUUUUGGAUAUUUUUAACAGCCUUAUCGCUGCCAUCACUCCAAUGAAUUGUUGAGCGAGCGUCAUUCUUUUCUCGUAGACAGUCGAACAAUAUGCUGUUCAACAACGAUGUCUGCGAUUUGGAUGAAGUUAAAGACAAACUUUACAAGAGUUCAAUGUUCGGAUGGUCCUGGUCGAGGGAAAGACGGGAACCUUACCGACACACAGCUAUCGUUCUACGUUUCAAUAAAAUUCCAUGUUUCACAAUAAAUUUCCGUCCGAGAAAAGGAUCUGGAAAAUUUGAAGCGGCUUUCAGCGAAUGUGGGUCAGCGAUAACAAUUGAACGCAUCAACAACCCACUGAACAACAACGUCGAAUAUUUUGCACCUUUUAAAGAGUUUGAAAUUCAGUCAGAACAUUUAAAGACACAAGCAUUUGGAAUUAUAAAGCUGAUACUUUCGUAUGAUCCCGGAAAAUAUAAUUUAGUAACAAAUAACUGCCGACACCAUGUCGAUGGCGUUAAGAAAUACGUUGCAAGCCAUGUGGAAGAGCUGAAGGACAACGACUAUAACAAUGCUAUGGUCAGCACCAAAAACGGCGAUGUAAAUCGUUUUAUGGGUGCUGCUUUUACUGCGUUUGCCGCUGUUGGAGGUGUGGUAGUGGCAGCAGCUGCAAUAACUUCAGCUAUUUUUGGUAGUAAAGAAGAAGAAGAUGAAGAAAAUCAAAAAGUAAAAGCAUAGCAGUUUCCCACGUUUCUAUUUUGUUUAUUUAUUUAUUUCAAAUGUACGUAAAUAUAUGUAUAUAGGAUAUAAAUAGUGUUUUUGAAUAUCUAUGCAGCUUAAUUUGAUGAAAUUGGCUGACUCAUGCGAAAAAUUGGUGUCAUCACCAACAUUGACCAUUAUAUAUAUAAAGAACUUAUUUAAACAAACGCAACUACACACUACACUAGAGUCUAGACUACACUCUACAUAGUCGAACUAACCAACUAUUCGAGUAACCACCUUAUUAAGCCAACAAAAUCAGUAGAUGAAAUUUGUCCGUGAUUGAAUUGAAUAUACUGUAAUCAGUGAAGGAAUUUAGAAAUACUUGUGUUUUGAGGGUGGAGUAUCGUGUAGGUUUAUACAGAAAGAGUAUGCGACGGUUCGAUAACAAAUGGUCAACACUUCGUGAACCAACAACAAUGGUUUAUACUGAGACGAACCAGUGGUGAUUUCUGUAGAACUAUAAGCACGCUGUAGUAGUAUUUAAACAUCUUAGCUAUGGAUAUAUAAUAGUAUGCACAUAUAAACACAGUGUACGUGUACAAAUUGAAUCAUGUGUAGGCACUGAGGGUAUGCACUGCUUGCUAAACCGCGAAGUAUGCUUGAAACCUUCGGGAGACAUGCGAAACCGUUUAUGAAUAUUUGUUGUACACACAAUGUAUUCAUAUAUGCGAAUAGUGCCGUGUAAUUUAUUAACCAGACCAUGUAUGUAUGAGACUUACAUUUGGAGCGAUAGUUUAUUUUAAACCCUGCACUUCUACAACGUCGAGACCAACGAUACAAACCACAGGUUUCUUCGUUAUAGAUAGAGGCCUGAUAUAAUUUAUCUAAAAGAAAUUAUUGAAUUGAACUCAUUACAUGCAUGUAUUUUACUUAUGUAUGUGUAUAUAUUUUACAUAUAUCUACAGAUAUUUUGGAGAUUUAUAUAUGACGUACCGUAUUUUCAUUUUUCAGAGACGUUUGUCUCAGCAUCGGUACUUUCCCAUUCGAUGUUGUUCCAGCCGUCUGUAUUCCGUGUGAACAAAGCUCGCCUUCACAUUGACAUAGAGA